AUGCCCAGCGUCACCACACGACUUCGUUCAAGGCUUCAAGCCUUGUGGAAGACCGUGCACCGAGCUGAGAAGAACGGCAUGCUGGGUAACCACAGUGCUAUCACUGAGGAGUUUCUUAGGAAGAACAAAAUACGUCUCGUUCCUCAUACCUUUGAUCGUCCAGAUAAUAAGCCUACUUAUUCAAGCUGCGACCCACCUAUUCUGUUCGCGCCGCUCUCGCAGUCAGCUAUUGAUGAUUAUCCUAUCGACGCUGAUGAGUUGAUUGAUCCUGACACUGCAGAGUGUGAUAUUGACUUCAUCGAGUAUAGCCCGCCUAAAGAUGUGGAUAACAUCUAUGAAACAAGGUGGAGGCCAAACAAAUGCACGGAGUUUCUCUUUUCCUACCUCGAGAAUUGGGUUUUUGGCGGAUUCCCGCGCAAGAAUAUUGGGAAAUGUGCUUGGGCUCUUUCUGACCUAAGUGGAAUUACUCGAGUCAGCAUCCCCCACGGCCUGUACUUGGGUAAGGGUAUUUCCAAAACAACCGGAUUUCCAAACAAAAAGUGGAAUGCAGCAGUCUACGAGUAUAGAAGCGAGGAUGAUGCAACCCAAUAUCCCCAUGUUAUAUUGCUCUCUAGGCAAUCAGACAUGGGUCAUGAUGGCUCGAUGAUGCAUGGUGAACUGAUGCAACUUAUCACUGCUAUGCGAAAUCGUGCCUACCAACCUAUGAAGGGAAUCAAUGAGGAUGAUGCAGCUGAAGAGGACAUUCAAGACGCUCAAGGACCAGAGUUUCUUUUCAAAGACGAGCAGAGAUUCCCAGUUCUGAUGGUCUCUCUUGUCGGUCCCCAGCAUACUCGAAUCUACUACGCUUGUAUGGACGGCCAAGAUGUGGUAAUCCGACAGUCGCCUCUUUAUAGCCUUGAAAAGAAGGAUACAACUACUCUUGACUAUCUUGCCAGCUUUCUUUCAAGCAAGCGUCUAGAAGAAGUCAAAAAAAUGGAAUUGAGCUAG